AUGUAUCCCAAUCAAGGCCUAAUUUUUAGUGACUUUCAGUUAGAAUCCCAACCAUAUCGUGAUUUAAAUCGUCACGAAAAAAGUCUUGGUCUUCUUACUGAAAAGUUUGUCCAACUUCUUAAGGAAGCACCAGAUGGGAUUUUGGACUUGAAAUUGGCUGCCGAUUUUCUUGCUGUUCGACAAAAACGUCGCAUAUACGAUAUCACAAAUGUGCUAGAGGGCAUUGGUCUUAUCGAAAAACGCACUAAGAACAGUAUUCAGUGGAAGGGCGGGAGCGCAGCUACAAAUGGGCCUGAUAUUCAGGCCAGGUUGGACGAAUUGCAAGCUGAAGUGGAGUAUUUGGAAAAUCUUGAGAAGAAAGUGGAUGAACAUAGAGCUAAGGUUCUCCAGUCCAUUCGCAAUGUUCAAGAGGACAUCAACAGUGAGCAAUACAGUUAUAUCACUUGUCAAGACCUUUUGAGCGUAUUCCACGAUCGAGAGUUGCUUGUUAUCCGUGCACCUGAAGGUACCCAACUGGAUGCUCCCGUUCCAGAGAGCGGAAUGGACCAAUCAACUCACUCCUUAUUCUCUAUGAAACGCUCAUACAAAACAGCUCCAGAAUUCCAAAUUCACCUCAAGAGUCCGUCUACUCCCAUUGAAGCACUCCUUAUUAAUCCUGAUGAUGUCCAAAAUAAAACAAGAAUAUUGCCGUCAGGCCAGACUAUUUUCGAUUCCAGGAGACAAGGCCAUCAAGGUAACUGUUUAUUUCACUCAAAACUUUCUAUCGUUUUAAAUUGCUCACUACUCGUCUUUAUGGUUAUUAUUUUAGACGAUUCACCUUUUCCAAACCCCUUGUUUCCUCUCAACCCACCUCCGGAUUCUAGUGACUUUUUAUGCCAACUUGAGGAAAACGAAACUAUUUCUGUUCUUUUCGAUGCCCCUAGCAACGCUCCAACUUCCCCGUAG